AAAUUUUUGUUUUGUUUUGUUUUGGUUCAUGUGGUUUUCUUGUCGCAAUUUAAAUUGAUUUAGUUUGGAUUUUUUGUCAUUGUUUUUUUUUAAUUUUAUGAUUGUAUCGUUCAUCUAACACUUAUGGCUACAGGAAAAUCUAAUCGACCGGUGGAAGUGGUAAACUUUUCCAGGUACAAAAAGGCGACUUCAAAAGAGAAAUCCAAAAAUGGUCAACCGAUGAAAACCCGGAACCAUGAAUCGGAAUUGAAGGAUCAAGAAGCUCAGAUGAAAAAGUUCCGUCAUGAUGUAUUCAAAUUCGCCAUCUCAGGCUUAGAUCGAGCUAAAAAGACCGAAGCUAAAGAAGCUCUUCUCAUAAAAUUAGGUGCUAAACCCCGAAAGCCCAAGGCCAUUAAUUAUCGUGAUUUGAUGUCUCAAAAAAAGGAAGAAAAGAAACAAAAAGAAGAAGAAAGAAAACGUAAUGAUAAAUCUGGAAUCAAAAAGCCAAUAAAGUCCAAGAACGAAAAACAAAAGAAACGAGAUACUAAUGAAGUAAAAGGAUUCGAUUAUCAGGUCGGAAAAUUCAAGGGGGGAGUUCUUUAUGUGAAUAAGAAAAAUUUUGUCAAACGAUAAUCCCAAUUGGAGUAUAUUCAUUUACGAAUAAUCUGUGAUAACACUAAAGAGAUGAACUAUUCAGUUAAUCGUAUCAACUUCUAAUUUCAUGCUUGUUUAAAUGGCGAUUCAAUGUACCUGUUUACUUUUAGAGUUAUUUUCUACCAUGGUAACCCAAAUUUUGGAAAAGAAAACUGAAAAUAAUCAAAGCGAAUUUUCUUGAAAAUGUUCUAAUUGUUUCUUUCGUUGAUUUAAUUAAGUACCUUUCAUUUGGAACUUUUUUCCACUCGAUGUUUAAGAUCCUUGGAUUCACUCAUCUUCCUCUCACUUAUCAUCAUUUUCCUUGUGAAUUGUGUGCUCAUCAUCACCAUCAAUGUCAAUCAUUAAGAUGAAAUCUUCAUUAUCUUUUUUGUUGAUUCUAUUCUAAAUCCAUCACCUCACACCAAUAAUGAAAAUAGUGAUUAAAUGUCAAUUAAUUUAACUACAAUUAACGAAAAGUCGUCAGAUGAUAAUAUAAAAUUAAAACAAAUAC